CUUGUCUCGUUAUGCGAGACGAAAAUGUGUUCUCUGAUCCCAUACGCCUGCACGACCGCGAGCACGGCUGCUACUUCCGCAGUGAGAUUUCACUCCAAGAAAUUUAGAAAGUGCGGGACACGUGUAGCCCAACGGGAUCAAAAGGGGUUGAGUUUCACAAUCCCCGCUGUGCGGCGACCUCUUCUCGGUCCCCGACACGCUUAAAACUCCUAAUACCCGAGGUGAUUUCUCGUACGAGCGCAGAUGCUGACGCGGAACGUUCACAUCCGACGCCGGCGUCGAUGUCCGUGUUCGAGGAGAUGGAGAACCGACUGUCGAGCCUCGAGCGGAGGCUGCGAGCGGUCGAGCAACCGGUUUGGCAGAUCGGUUCGAGGGAGGACGAUUGGGAGGUCUGCGCCGAAGGCCCGUGCAAGUGCGUGCCGGAGAUGAAGUCGGUGUCCUGCUGGAGGCGCGGCCUGCUGGAUCUCCCGCCGGCGCAACUGGUGCCCGCCGACGUGCUGAGAUUGGAUCUCGGGGGUAAUCGGCUCAGCGCUCUGCACAGGGACACAUUCAGGAACAUGACGCGGUUGCACCACCUAGAUCUGAACGGCAACCUGGUCGAGCACCUAUCGUUGAAUCUGUUAUUGCCGUUGCGAGGUGUCGCGAAUGUCCGGCUGAGCGAUAACCUCCUGAAAGAAGUCCAGCGGAAUCAGUUUCUCGGCCUGAGAAACCUUCGAAUACUCGAUCUAUCGUCGAACAGACUUCGGACUCUGCCGGAAGGUCUGUUUCUGAGCAAUAGCCUCUUGGCUUUAUUGGAUCUCUCCUCCAAUCGCAUCUCCUCCUUAUCUCUCGACGCAUUUCGCGGUCUCGGUAACCUCGAGGAACUGCUGUUGGCUAAAAACCGAUUGUCCAGAUUACCUGUCCCGAUUUUCAAAGGCACAAUCAACCUCAGGCGUCUCGCGCUCGAGGAAAAUCGCCUGAGGGAGCUACCGAAUAAUUUAUUCCGCCAUUUGACGUCGCUCAGAGAGCUGGACAUGAGGGGCAACCAGUUGAUGGAAAUACCCAGGGGAACGCUGUCGCAUCUCGUCAAGCUGGAGAUACUGGAAAUGUCAAGCAACAGAAUAUCCCGCAUCGACGCAAGAGCCUUUCGCGACAUGGUAGCGCUUCGAGAACUACGACUAGGACACAACCACAUCAAGUACUUGCCGCACGGAUUAUUCGGCAACUCCACAUCCCUGGAACGUCUUAUUCUCUAUGGAAAUCAUAUAGAGAUCUUGACGAGAGGCGUACUUCACGGUCUAUCCAAUCUCACUUCUCUCUUCUUGCAAUCCAAUCGACUGAGGUUGCUGCAAUCUGGGGUUUUUAACGAUACGCCGAAUUUGCGUAAGCUGCAACUGGAGUCGAAUGAGCUCUCUUUCCUGCCGGCCGGCAGCAUGGACGCUGUGUCCGCGAUUCCGCAAGUGCAUCUGAAUCGGAACCCCUGGCACUGCGACUGCCGUGCCUUGUACGUCGCGUCCUGGCUACGCCGUAGAUUCGCCGGCUUCGCGAACCUGACGAAUCCGUUGCAGAUACAGCGGGCGUUGAUCGUGACGGGCAACUGGAGCAUCUGGGAGUACGGAGCCGGGGCGAUUUGCAGAGGCCCGGGUGUGCUGGGUGGUCAGCCUCUGCUGCGGCUGACCUUUCACGAGCUCUGCGAGGGCCAGUGGGCCUCCAUGAAGGGCAUCGUGCCUCGGCUACCUCUCGACGCUAUAUCGCCGUCUCUCAAGUCGCACGUGGCCAGGAAGGACACGGUUCUGAUCUAAAUACGGGAAAGAUGAAGUCUCCCACGUGACGUGCGUCCUUUCUCCACCUGGACGUCGAAUAAUAGCUGGAUGCCUAUGGAUCAACGUCCAGAGUUAUCACCUUUUUUUCUGACGCUAAUCAUAAUAAUUAGCGUGUCGCUCAAACGCGCGAUUACGAGUUUUUCUUUCCGCUGUCGCGAAGAAUACAACGAGAUACGCGUGUAUGGCGCGUGUGAUAACAGGACUUGCGUAACCCUCGCGAUUACAACGCGGUGGGAAAUAAUCGAAAGAUGUGUCGUUAAUUCGCCAAAUUAAAGUGCCAAAUAAAAGUUGCAACUUUCGACAAAAAC